AUGAACGAUAUCGUUGGGGCACUUACAAGGACUCUCCUAGCUUGGGGGAUCGUCCGAAAUUUAUCGAAACCAUGCAUAACCUGCCAAAGUACUUGCGUCGAUUCUACAUUGGCAUCCAACAACACAUGUGGAACAACAUAUACCGCUUGCGCAUGUGACAACAAUUUCGUUCAAAAUGUAAAGAUCUGUCUCUACCAAGGAACAUGUUCUUCUGACGUUUCCACCUGGUUCGAUACCGCUACGGCAGCUUGUGAUGCCAGUGGUGCUGAAGCGAAUUACACAUCCACUCAUUCAGGCAACUACACCUACUCCGAGUCCGCCGCUACCGAGUCCACAGCCGUUGCUUCAUCGGGAGCUGCCACGGCCGCCACUUCGUCCGCUGCGGCUGCUUCGUCUGCCGCUGCAUCAGGUAGCACCAGUGCGGGAUUUUCCCUUCACCCCAUGACAUUCGACGGCAUAGGUAGCGCUGCUGUCGGUAUUGUAGGAGCUGUGCUCGGUAAUGUAAUGCUCCUUUAA